GAGGCAUGGGGACUGUGACAUCUGUGGUGGGCACAUUGGGAUAGCUGUAAGUGCUUGUUAGAUUACAGAGGAGUAUAUGUAUGGUGUACACAGUAAUGUGACAGCAGGGGGUUAUUGGUCACAGGGACUAUGUCUGUACGUGAUCCUAACACCAGAGACUGAUGUACAGCCAUGGCACUUUCCGCUUCUUCAGCUUAUCGAAUGUUACAUGGAAUAUUUGCAGUAUAUAAACCUCCCGGGAUGAGAUGGAAGUCUGUACGAGACACGAUAGAGAUGAAACUUUUACAAGAGCUGAACUCCCUGGAGCAGCCAGCACCUCGGCAGCAGGUCCUCUUCCUACCACACAUUCAGGAGAGCAGCAGUGGGGUAGAACUAACCAAAGUUGUGACCUCCGUUCCUACCCUGGCUGAUCAUAAACUGGUCAAGGGACCAUCCUACACUUACUUGAAGGUUGGUGUGGGACACAAGCUGGAUACAAGAUCAUCAGGAGUUUUUGUGCUUGGAAUUGGGAACGGCAACAAACUUCUUACUGCUAUUUAUAAACAGCAUUAUACCAAGGCCUAUACUGUGUCUGGUGUGUUUGGUAAAGCCACAGAUGACUUUUCAGAUGUUGGGAAAGUUAUUGAGAAGACCACUUACAAACACAUUACAAGAGACAGAUUGGAGCGGGUUUUGGCAAUGGUUCAGGGAGCCAACCAAAAGGCAUUGCUGACGCACAGUCAUGUGGACUUGAAGAGUCAGGAGGCUUAUGAGAUGGCAGUACAAGGCCUUCUCCGGCCCAUGGUGAAAUCCCCUCCUCUAGUUCUGGGGGUACGAUGUGUUGAGUUUUCCUCACCUAACUUCACAUUAGAGAUCCAGUGCAUGCACGAGACCCAGCAGUAUCUUCGCAAACUAAUCCAUGAGAUUGGCUUAGAACUAAGAUCCUCUGCAGCCUGCACGAAGGUGCGCCGCACACGGGAUGGCCCCUUCACUCUGGACUGUGCCUUAACACAUAGACACUGGGAUCUGAACAGCAUCACCAAUGCAAUAGAGGAGUGUAGACCUAUAGCUACAGAAAUGCGCAAGGAGGACACAAGCAUGAUCUGGGAAAAUGAUAAUGAAGAAGAUUCAAUGACCAAAGAAGAGAGAAAUAUCCAGUGAUGGUAUAACUCACUAAGCUUUUAUGGGAUGCUCUGGUUAAGAAUCAUGUAUAUUGCCAACUGUUCAUAUCCACCGAUCCUUACUGUCUCCUCAUGGGAUAUACAUGCAUAAAUCAUAUUACAGUGCGAGUCAAAGGAACAGUACUCCUUUUUUGCAUCCCGGCAGAGCCAGGGUGUCCAUGUAGCAAAGUGGCCCACUAAACCAUAGCAGUGACUACAAUAGGUGAAUGCGCAGACGUUCGGUGCACUGACAGGAGCAGUUCCUGCAACUUUCCAGGAUCUGGCAAUCUUGCUGACAAGACAUUUCUGAGCACCUCUUUCUUGGAGACUUUUAUAAGACCAGGAAUAAGGGGUCAUAGUGAUGUUUUGGAGAUAUCGAUCUCGUUAGACGACCUCAUCGUAGUAUAGAAAGCUUUCUCCCAGAAAACCUGUAUGUCAGGCAUUC